AUGGGCGCGCCGAUGGCGCAGCCAGAUCUCAACCGGAACCGACUACCGACGCUCUUUGAAGUGCUGAGCAGAAGAACGCUACCGCCGGUAGAUUUGUUUUCAUUUUACAUUUAUAUGCGAGACCAGCAGCGGUCGGUGGACUAUCUGGACUUUUGGUACGACCGUUCCUUCAUGCUUGGGCUCAGAACAUCGCCCUGGGAGCUCGAUGUUGCCCAGCAUAUGUCACUAUGCCGCCACUACGUCCGUGAGCUGCGACGCUCCGUGCUCGUCGCCACCCCAGACAUGGAGCGCGUCGGUGGCGGCGCCUCGAAGCGGUCCUCAACAAUCCUCGACCAUAUGGGCGACCUGGAGCCCCGGCCGGCCGGUCCGACCAUGUACGCGACGGAAAAGGAAAAGAACCAGGACGCGCAAAUGUCGGCGUUUCUGCGCGAGGAGCAGUCGGAGCGCGAGUCGCCGCACACACCCGGCUCGCACCGGCCCAGCCCCAUGACGGCGGCCAGUGGCAGCAGCGCCGCGCGCGACCUGACCGACUCCCACUCGCCCGCGCACACCGUCUCGCGGCAGGACAUUCGGGCGUCGGCGGAGAAGAUUCUGUACACGUUUCUACUGCCCGGCGCGGAGCGCGAGAUUAUCCUGCCCGGCUCCAUCACACAGGACGUCAUCAGCGCCAUUGAGGAGCAUGGCCGCGACGACCCCGAGGUCUUUGACACGGCCAAGGACUACGUCUUCCAGGCCAUGGAGCGCGACGCCUUUCCAGGCUUCCUGCGUAUGAAGGCCCUGGGUAACCUGAUCCCGCCCACGCUGGUGAUGCGUCUGAUUCUCGGCCUCGUGGCCAUGUUUGGCGCCUUCUGGACUGCCUUUGUUCUCAUAUUUCUCAACAAGAGCAGAGCCACAAGAUGCUGGGUUAUUCUGCCAUUUGCAGUGGGCGUCUACUUUCUCGCCUCAUACCAGUACUCACUGGACCCCGUCAUGGCCCUCCUUGGCUUCAGCGAAUACACGCCUUUCAACUUUUCGCGCAUCCGCGAACCCUACGUCCGCACCCUCCUUGUCAAACGAGCCUUUAUUGUCCUCCUCGCGACGACGCUCGUUACAGCCGCUUUAUGCGUCUUGUUCAUCUUUGUGCCGGGCAAGCGGCUGUGA